GGGGCAGCACAACAGCCUGCCGUCCUUUGACAGCUCGGUCCGACGUCAGGCUACGGACGACGUGUCAACGACCAUUUAACUCUAUGACAGUCAGUUUACAAUGCAAGUGAGCCAUUUGACUUUAGAAAAGGCUCAUGUUUAGCCAUCUUUAUUUAUUUAGCUGUUAUGCUUGUUAGCUUACUAGCUAGCUCUGUUAACGGUGAACCAGUUAGCAACCAGUUAGCUGGCUCGCAACAGGGAUCCUCCCAGCACUGUGAUGGAUAGCAGUCGUUAGCUACACACUCUCACUAUCAAUUUGGUAAAUAUGUUCCUAAUUUGAAAUGUUUACAUUUCUUGAUUUAACAAAAAGUUUCCCGCCAGCCCUGUUUGGACUAACAAGCCAGUGUUUUGUGAACGGUUAUGUUUGCUUGUCCUUAAGGCUGAGCUAUAGCUAGCUGCCUCCAUUGUUUACAUGGAAACGGUCAGCUGAAGUGCACUGAGGGCAUGUGGUGAUCGUUACAAUACUGGAUCAACUACAGAAAAAAACAACGGGGACAUAUGGAAAUGGGGCUGGGAGGUAGCUAACGUCAGCCAGACGUUAGCAAGAUCUCUACAGUCUACUCUCCACCUGAAUGAGGAUGAUCGGGGCUUUGAAGGAGGACUGCUGGACUGUUUGACUUUUUGUGGGCGGUGGACAAAGGACAGCAGUUUGUUUGUCCAUAUUGAAGUUGAAGCUGGAAAACGAUUACAAGAGGUUUACAGGCAAUACACUCUGCUGGGAUGUUGCUGAAAACUCUACUGAUCACCAGUUUUCUUGGCUGGGUGAAAUGUCAAGACAGCCAGAUCAUGACACUAGAGGAGAAGACUGUCAUCAGGGACCAGAUUCUCGAAAUGUUUGAUCACGCUUAUGGGAGUUACAUGAAAAAUGCUUAUCCAGCAGACGAGUUGAUGCCUUUAAGCUGCCGGGGGAGAGUCCGGGGCCAGGAGCCCAACAGAGGGGAUAUAGACGACUCUUUGGGGAAGUUUUCUCUCACACUGAUAGACACACUGGAUACCCUGGUGGUGUUAAACAAGCUGGAUGAGUUUGAGGAUGCAGUGAGGAAGGUUGUGACGGAUGUGCGGCUGGACAACGAUGUGGUGGUGUCGGUGUUUGAGACCAACAUCAGAGUUUUAGGAGGGCUUUUGGGAGGCCACGUGAUGGCCGACCUCCUACAGCAGCGCGGGGAGAGGAUGCAGUGGUACCGCGAUGAGCUUCUACACAUGGCCAAAGAGCUGGGCCAUCGAUUACUGCCUGCCUUUAACACCACAAGUGGCCUACCUUACCCUAAGGUGAAUCUGCGGUAUGGAGUCCUGAACCCCCUUUCACGCACAGGCACAGAAUCGGACACCUGCACAGCGUGUGCUGGAACAAUGAUCCUGGAGUUUGCUGCUCUCAGCAGGCUGUCAGGGGAGUCUGUGUUUGAGGAACAUGCGAGGAAGGCUCUGGAUGUCCUCUGGCAGAGGAGACAGAAGGGAAGUGACCUAGUGGGGACUGUUAUCAAUAUCCACAAUGAAGAAUGGGUCCGGAGAGAAAGCGGAGUCGGUGCUGGUAUCGACUCGUACUAUGAAUAUCUGAUGAAGGCCUACAUUCUUCUGGGAGACAAUGUCUUCCUGGAGAGGUUUAACAUUCACUACAGUGCCAUUAUGAAGUACAUCAGUCAGCCCCCCCUGCUGCUCAACGUCCACAUGCACAACCCCACUGUGAGCGUGCGCAGCUGGAUGGACUCUCUCCUGGCUUUCUUCCCCGGCUUACAGGUUUUGAGAGGGGAUCUGAAACCAGCUAUUGAGACUCAUGAAAUGCUUUACCAAGUGACCAAACAACACAAGUUCCUUCCAGAGGCAUUCACCUCAGAGUUCAGAGUUCAUUGGGGCCAACACCUUCUGAGACCAGAGUUUGCAGAAAGCACCUACUACCUCUAUAAGGCCACUGGCGACCCCUACUACCUCAGAGUGGGACAGUCCAUCGUGGAGAAGCUAAACGCCUACGCCAGGGUGCCUUGUGGGUUUGCUGCCGUGCAAGAUGUCCGCACUGGGAUGCAUGAAGACAGGAUGGACUCCUUCUUCCUGGCUGAGAUGUUUAAAUACCUGUACCUGCUGUUUUCGGAGAAGAGCCAGCUGCCGAUCGAUAUCGACGACUACAUUUUCACCACAGAGGCCCACCUACUCCCAGUGUCCCUCUCCAUCACAAAGCCCCCCUAUCAACGCAACCACACUGAGACUGUUCCUCUUUCCCAAGAAGAAGACCUGUUCACACACUCCUGCCCCAGCAUGGAGACGUUAUUCCCCAACAACCCCUCGUUUGCUAAAACCAUCCGGGACAGCUACAAGUACCUCACCGGGGUGGGACGAGCCGUCCACCCUGUACCUGUCAGGGAAAUUGACCUCCCGUUCCAUGACAAUGGGAUGGAACCAGUAGAGUUCUUGAAAAGCAUGGGCAUUUCUCUCACCCCGCUUAAUGAGGACCAUAAAGGCGUUUACCUGGUCAAACUUGUAGCAGAGGUGAGCCAAGCACUGGAGGAAGAGGAGGUGGUGCCCCAUGUUGUUCAGCUCAUAUCCCCCCCAUUUCUGGGUAGGACAGUCAUCACAGCGGGACCUGCCAAGUUUGGGAUGGACCUAACCAAGCAGGAGCACGGGGUGAAGGGCAGCAUAGCGAAAGCCUCCCCCUACACUGCAUGUGUGCCAGUAGAUAAUGCAGCGCAGCUUAAAGGGCAUAUUGCCGUGGCGCUGCGUGGGGACUGCAUGUUCGCUGUGAAGGCUCGUCAUCUGCAGGAAGCAGGAGCCAUAGGAGUCAUCUUUAUAGACCACCAUGAGGGAAGCAACAGUCAGGAUACGCCCCUCUUCCAAAUGGUUGGAGACGGCGACUCCACUGAAGAUCUCACCCUGCCUUUAGUCUUCCUCUUCAGCCAGGAGGGGGCCGUACUCACAUCCGCUCUGAAGGAGAAUCACAAUGUGGAUGUGCUGCUGCUGCCCAAAGAGAGGCAGCUGGGACAUGGUAAGACAGAAAAACCUGCCGGCAUGAACAUCAAACUCCGCCUGGCAGAGGAGGGGGAGCUGGAGGACGGAGCAGCCAGAGGGCCCACCCUGGAGUUUGUCUUGGAGAAAGAUGGGAUGAUUCUUAAGGAAGUGGAGCAAGAAGCACAACACAAACAAUUCUGCAUAGAAGCCACAGAGGAGGACAGAACUGAACCAUAUUCAGCAGAUUCCUCUCAAAACACAAACUCAAACAGCGCUCCAGACGCAGAGCCUUGAAGACUGCUGAUCCAGAAGCAGUUUCCUAACACUGAUCUCUCGUCAGUUUCUCAGAGCCCCUCACUGCCCUACACAGAGCCCGAACUGACCCCGCCUGCAUGUUUACAGAGGAGAGUAAAGCAGUGUGACGGCCA